GAUAGUAUAGGUAUAUAUUUAGGUUGGGGUUGACAGGAGCAUGUCAAGUGAUGUUAUCAUCGGUAAUGUGACUUCUGCCAAGUUCCUUCCCAUGCAGCUGAAAGUUUCCAAAAAUAUCGGAACGGCGAUAAUCGCUGCUGAGAUCUCUCUCCGUUGUGAACCCAUGGAACCAAAUGCGGCUAUAAUGAUAAACACUCCCGUUUCCUUUUCCAGUGUGUCUGCGAUCAACCAGUGGCUAAAUUUUCUUUUACUUUCUCUUGUCCGAGCUUGUUCAACACCCCCAAAGUGGCAAAGUUAAAGAGCUUCGAUCGGACUUGUGGUACGGGAACUCUUGUCAGAGGCGUCUCCCGUAUAUACGUGCAGAACAGACGGUACUUUUCGUACAUAUGCGCCCGGAGACAAGUGAUAAGUGGACCUUUCAUAGCCCCUGCCCUUGCAGAGUAUGCCAACUAUACAUUGUCGCUUUUUCAAGCCUUUCCAUUUUCUUCCGACUGGCGAUUCUAGACUUUUUCGCUGCUAGAAGCUACUCCGACAUAGGACUGGUUUGGAAAAAGUGGGUUGGUGUAUGAAUUGGACUACGUAUACUAGUAUCACCCCCCCGCCGUAGGGUUCACUAUUGUUUUCUAGAAAUAAUUCGGGGGGAAACAAG